GACUCCGUAUAACUUGAUCGGUCCGUACUGAAAUAUUUGUUAAACCACUCUCAUGCAAACUUGCGGUUAUUGAAAGCAAUGGCGGCCACUACAGCGACGGUGGCAGCGGCCGCGGCCGCAAGGUCAUCUUCGAGCCUUCGUUCCGAUCUCGAACCAGCCUCUAACUCUAAGCCAUUUCUGCAUUCCUAUAGCUCUCUGAAGCCUACACUUAAACGACGCCGUCAUGUAUCCAUACGAGCCGCCAGGAACGGCGGCGAAAAUGACGCUUAUGGCGGUGAGGUGAAGAAGACUGAACCGAUUGAGUUGGGGAAACUCGUAGAAGAAUAUCCUUUUGCAUUCAAUUCCAAGGACCUGCCGAAUCCACUUCCAAGGCCUUUAACGUCGGCUGAUUUGUCCAAUAUGGCUUCUCAAGGAUCUCGUCUUCGCGUUGCUUAUCAGGGGGUGAGAGGUGCGUAUAGUGAAUCAGCUGCAGAGAAGGCUUAUCCAAAUUGCGAAGCAGUGCCUUGUGAACAAUUUGAUACUGCUUUUGAAGCUGUUGAAAGUUGGCUUGUCGAUAGAGCAGUUUUACCCAUUGAAAAUUCUUUAGGGGGAAGUAUCCAUAGGAAUUAUGACCUUUUACUUCGACACCGCCUGCAUAUAGUUGGAGAAGUCAAACUUGCCAUACAACACUGCUUACUAGCUAGUCCAGGUGUGAAAGUCAAAGAUUUGAGAAGAGUUCUCAGCCAUCCUCAGGCACUUGCACAGUGUGAGAACACAUUAACAGAGCUCGGGUUGGUCAGAGAAGCUGUGGAUGAUACUGCUGGAGCAGCAAAGUAUGUUGCUUUCCACAAACUAAAAGAUACUGGGGCAGUUGCUAGCCUCACUGCAGCUAAGAUCUAUGGAUUGGAUGUACUUGCACAAAAUAUACAGGAUGAUUCUGAUAAUGUUACUCGGUUCCUAAUGCUGGCUAGAGAACCCAUAAUUCCUGGCAUCAAUAAACCAUUCAAGACAAGUAUAGUGUUUUCUCUUGAGGAAGGUCCUGGGAUACUUUUUAAGGCACUUGCUGUUUUUGCUAUGAGGAAUAUCAACCUUACAAAAAUUGAAAGCCGUCCCUUGCAGAAACAGGCUUUGCAACUACUUGGAUAUAGUGCUGAUGGGUUCCCAAAGUAUUUCCCCUAUCUUUUCUAUGUGGAUUUUGAAGCAUCCAUGGCUGAUGAAAGGGCCCAAAAUGCUUUGGGGCAUCUAAAGGAAUUCGCUACAUUUUUGAGAGUUUUGGGGAGUUAUCCAGCAGACAGUGGCAUGCCUUGACAUUUGAACCUGGUAUUCUUUUAUUGAUGAAUUUAUCACCUCCUGUGGUUCCUGAUGCUUUCCAUGGAGAAUGAGCACAUGCAACAAGGGAAGGCAAUGCAACGUACUGGCAUUGGACAUGCAUUAGUAUUUGCAAUUCUUUUCAUGUACAAACCUGAGUUUUAUUCUCCUUUUUCGCGAAAACAUAGUUACUUCGUACAUCUCUGUUCCUUUUUGCCAAAGGUCAAUUCUUCUAUUUCGUUUAAUAGUUUUCUGUACACAUAUCAUUUGUAUACCUUCUAUCUCAAUGCAUUAGGACCCAUUCUCCAAAAGACGUGGCACCUUUACAAGUUAAGGUUGAAAUAUAUGUUUUGUUGAGAUUUUCCUUUCA